CCGGGACAGAGGUGCCGUAAGGCUACGGGACAGCUAGCAUGGUUAGCGUUACGCUACGGGACAGCUAGUCCGGAGUUAGCGUUACGCUAUGGGACGGCUAGCAUGGUUAGCGUUACUCUACGGGACAGCUAGCCUAACGAUGACGCUAAGCUACGCAGUUAGCGGCAGCAGCCGCUAAAGUUAAGCUAAGUUGGUUGUUGUUCGCAGGGGUUCUCUAACUCCGAGGGGCAUGAAGAGCAAUGUGCUUUUUGUUGGUGUAUAGCUGCUAUUUCAUGCUCUGUGCAAAUGUGCAGACUUUACAUUAUUGCUCUGUCGUGAAGUUUUACGAAAAGGAACAGAUUUUUUUACAAAAUAGGAAAUACUUUAAUUCACCGCGUGACUCCGUGAAAUACACCUAAUCUUGCUAUACAUUUAAAGUUAACGUUACUAAAAUUACAAUACUCUAAAAUGAGACUUUUCUAUUUUUACCUUCAGGAUUUAUGCUAUUUAAGUUAGUGGUGGUGGAGGGUCAUUUAUCCGAGGCGCAGUUUGCCUUAACUACCCUUCAUUUAGGUUACUUUUAGUGCUAAACUUUACUUACAUGGUAAUAAAGUCAAGUAUUUUAACAAAUCACUACUACUACACCGUAGGAGCUGUUAUUCCAAGUACUGUUGCUUUCAUGAACAUACUUAGAUCAUUACACUGUAAGUGGCUGCAAGUACUCGGACAUCUGAAUGUUCAUUUUUAAGGAAAUUGCAUCAGGACGUCAAUCAAGAAAUACAGUGUUACCACGUUGAGGGGCCGAACACACUCUUUGGCAGAGGUGUGAAUACUCCUCCAAUGAGCGCCAUAAUUAACCGCAUAUUGCAGACCAUAUCCACCCUUAUCUCAUUGAGCUGAGAUGAGUGACAAUGUUGUUGUGGUUUUAAACAUGCAUUGUCUUGCACACAACACACAAAGCUGCAGCACUCUGAUCCAUUGUGUAAGUACUUUUUUCUAUUUCUAUAUUUCAUUUCGCCGAAACAUGUCAUCAUCCCUGUAAUCCCUUAAACUUGCUCCGCAUAUAGCAAUGACACCGAACUCGUCGUAUAUUGCGUCGUUUUGUUUACGUCUGGGUGGGUCACAAGUGUCCUUCUGUCUCUGCCCUCCGAGCAUCCCUCCCCCGUGCUGUUGUGGCCGCUGAGCUAGACUAGUGCACGAGGGCCCGGGCUUAAUUAAGCCCCACAGGAGCAGAUGGCCCGCUGGCAGCCUCCUCUGAUUGUCAGCCGUGCACGGCCACUUUAAACGUAGCUAAACGCUUCUGCGCGGGAGGGGUUCAGGAGCUCCUUCCAAGAGCUGGGGGAUAGACCUGCCAAGUGUAAUUAGCUGUGGGACGUAGGCGGAGGAGGGGGGGAGGGCCGCCAGGAGGCAACAGGUGGCAUGUGUGUGUGUGACGGACUGUAUGACGACGGUGGCUUUUGGGAAGAAAGCCGUGUGUUCUUUUGGUAAUUGAGGGGUUGUCAUCUUCCGUGCGUAAUUGUGUGGGUAACUUAGUAGUAAUAAGGCCACAGAUGUAAGUUGAAUGGUCUUUUUCACAAAUCUGUUUGCAGGAAACAGGUGUGUCGAGCCUACGAGGUAUUUAAGUCAUUGCAGGUUGGGAGAAAGAGAGCCGUACCUAAGUCUCUGAAUGGAGGACAGAUCGCAGACAGAAAAUAAAGGACAUCCUCCUCUGGCGUGCUAUGGCCACUGUUUUGACCAGUGCUUCAUAUUACUCAAGCAGAUCUCAGUAAACACUGGGGUGGUUUGAGCUCUAUGCUGCUGCAGCAGGGAUGAUCAUGUCCCAUAUGAACGGUCAUGUGCAAGACGCCUCCGGUCAGGCCAAGAGCCACAGGGAGAGGGCGGUGGACUGUCCAGGGGACGGAAGUAGAAUAGUCAAAUCUUCAAACUGCAGUGCCCACAUGGAGAGGAUUCAGCACUACCAGGAAGAACUUAGGAAAAGGAGAGAGGAGGAGAGCAGGGGGAAGCAUGACAUCGACCCCAAUGCUUCACUGAGGCUCAAGAAGCUGUCACAGAACCCCAUGGUGGGCAUUGACAAUCCCACCUUUGAGGGGAAGGAAAAGGCCACCAAAGACGCAUUCCCCCAGGAUCCAGUCGCUGAACUGGCGGAGUUGUUGCAGGCUCUGAAGUGGGCGCAUCACUGCCUGGCUGAUGCGCAGAGCCAGCAGGACGUGGAGCUGAUCAUGCAGCUCCUUUCCAAGGAGGACUUCAAGAAUGCUUAUACCAUCUUCAUUGCUGUAUCCCAGCAGAUGAGCAAAGUCAUUCCCACCUCACCUCUCACAGCACAAGCAGAAGAUCUCUGCCAGGAGGUCCAGAAGAUCCUCCAGUCCAGCCAACAUAAGGAGGGUUUGGAGCUCAAGGCCCUGCUCACCAAUCCUCACCUACAGGCUCUGAUGCAGGCUCAUGACAGCGUGGCAGGGCAGGAAGAGCCAGAGGAAAAUCUGACUCAGUACAUUGGAGAGACGGUUAAACUGGUGCGGCUGGUGAAGGCCCGUGACACUCCGCUGGGUGCAACAGUACGUAACGACAUGGACAGCGUGUUGGUGAGUCGUGUGGUCAAAGGGGGAGCAGCAGAGAAGAGCGGCCUCCUCAGCGAGGGGGACGAGAUCCUGGAGAUCAACGGGAUAUCUAUUCGUGGGAAACACGUCAAUGAAGUCCACGACUUACUGCAACAAAUGCAAGGCACUCUGACCUUCCUCCUCAUCCCGAGCUCUCAGAUUAAACCUGCUCCACACAGGCAGACUGUGAUGCACGUACGAGCUUACUUUGACUACGACCCCUCCGAUGACCCCUUCCUGCCGUGUCGGGAGCUGGGCUUGUCCUUCCAGAAGGGAGACAUCCUCCAUGUCAUCAGCCAGGACGACCCCAACUGGUGGCAGGCCUACAGGGACGGAGAUGAGGACAACCAGCCUCUGGCGGGACUUAUUCCAGGAAAAUGCUUCCAGCAACAGAGAGAAACCUUGAAGAAAACUAUAACAGACAAGAGUCAAGAGCAGCAAGGGAGGCUUUGGUAUGUAAAGAAAAUCAAGAGACAGAAGAGGAAGAUCAUGUCUACUUCGUUAAGCAGAAACACUGACUAUGAUGACAUCCUGACCUACGAGGAGAUGUCCCUUUACCACCAGCCAGCCAAUCGCAAGCGUCCCAUCGGCCUGAUCGGUCCCACAAACAGCGGUCACGACAAUCUGCGUCGGAAGUUUCUGUCCAUUGAACCAGAAAAGUUUGCUGUUGCUGUUCCUCACACCACCAGAAUCCCAAGGAUACAUGAGCGGAAUGGCCGCGAGUACCAUUUUGUGAGCCGGUCUGCCUUCGAAACCGACUUGGCAGCAGGGAAGUUUGUUGAGUCGGGGGAAUAUGAGAAGAACUUGUACGGCACCAGCACCGACUCAGUUCGACAUGUCAUCAACUCCGGACGGAUCUGUCUGCUCUGCCUCCACACCAGAUCACUGCAGGUCUUAAGGUCCUCUAACUUGAAGCCCUAUGUGAUCUUCAUCGCUCCUCCUUCCCAGGAACGACUGCGCACUCUGCUGGCCUCAGACGGGAAAACACCAAAGGUACCCGCAGUGUUUCCCUAUCGACGCUUUCCACACACAUUGUAACUUUCAGGCUUUGUACAUCUUGCAUGAAGAAUCCCUUCAUCAAGACGUUAAUAGGUAAAAACUAAUAUAUGCAAUGAAAGUAUUGUAUCACAUGAAACGGAUACUCAGCUGUCAACUUCUAUUCAGAUCCUUUAAUUAUAAAAGUGAGAAUGACCUUACAAGCAUUUAUAAUGUAUGUUCAAUACAUAUUAUUCAUUCUAGAGGAAACCGUCUUGUUUUGUGUUCAUUGCACAGCCUGAAGGGCCAAGGAUGCCACUGAAAAGGCCCGCGAGAUGGAGCAAACCUUCGGCCACUUCUUUGAUGCCACCGUCGUGAAUAUGGAUCCGGACCAAGCUUUCCAUGAGCUGCGCAGGCUGAUAGACAAGCUGGACACCGAGCCACAGUGGGUGCCCACGUCUUGGCUGUGCUAGAGAUCACAGGCUGCAGCUGCAGGGAGCCAGUGUUGGACAGACGUGAAUGUUCCAGGUGAUCGGCCGUGCUAAUCGUCCUUGGAUUUUAACUCGGUCAUCGUCCUCGCUAACGGAAGACAUGAUCUUUACCACAUGAUGCAGGGAUGGACUCUUUCUCACGUUUUAUUUUGUUGCUGUGUCUGUGUGCGUCUUUGUGAUUUUUUUUUUCUUCCUGUUUUGUUCAUUGUUUGUCUCAGUUUUAUGCAAAUUCAUCUAUCAAUUACAUAGAAACGUCUCUAUCCUAUUAGCAAUAGUUAUUUAUAAUUGUAAAUAUAUAUAUUUUCUAGCCAAAAAGAUCAAAUAUUUUAUGGAAUUUCCUGUGUGUGUGAUAUACAAAUGGUACACUUGACUUGAAGGAUGUUACAAUUUUUAAAUGGCUUCCUGCUGAAGCACCAAACAGAAGAGAAGCCCCUGUGCUCAAAGUGGCUGCCGUGUCACGGCUUCCCUUCAGUAACACAGAUGGGACACAGUGCUGUAACUUGCAGUUUUUGAAGGUACUUCUACACCAGUGUCAGUAUUAUUUUUUUGUAGUUUCAUGUCUCAACUACACUGUGAUAACAGACCUCAAAUCUGAAGUAUUGUCUCUAAGAUGGUGAUCAUUACUAUCAGUAUACCAUGCUGCAAAGUACUGCUUGUGAUUGUUUCCACCAGGUUUGUCUGAAACAAACAGCUUAUUGGUUAAGGUGUAAAUCCAACAAAUAUGGGAUUACUUCUUGGCAGAGAAUUUACUGAAUCAUGAGCACAAUUCUUGAAAAGUAUUAAUAAAAUCAGAUACAUAUCUGCACAACUGA